AUGCAUGGCCAUCGUAACAUAAAGCAGGAUACCCAGCGACAGGCAAGAAGCCGGCGCUCUGGAGUGUUGGUGGUUGUUCCUCCUCGGACGGAGUCGGGGUGCUCGUCGCCGGCUGGCGUGGCGCCAGCCGGCAGACGCCCUCUCCAUGCCAUGCUCACCAGCAGCAGCAGCAGAAAAGUACCGCAGAACACGUCUUCGUGCACGAUGACAAGCAUAAUGCACAGAGCCACCGGCAGCACGAGCAGUAGCAGCGGUACCGCCGCAGCGUUGGAUCGCUACACCAAGCGCCGCAGACGCCUGGGCAGCGAGAGCGAUGGCACCUUAAGUACGCUUCUCUUUCCCAGUGGCAACAGACAGCAGCUGGCGGGCGUGCAGACGCUACGCAGCGCUCUCCGCCCCAGCGCGGAAGUAGCGCCCAGGCUGCAAUCCGCCCUAUUCAGGUUUGCUACGGAGUCCAAGGUACGGCGGCACCGCGGAGGGGCGGCAGAGCCCAGCGAGGAGGCGCUGACGGCGGCGGCGAGUGCAGCAACGGGCGCUCUGGGGGAUUCCAGGGUUAAUGGGAUGCAGCAAGUGGUGUCCGUUCGACCGAUCUUCGAUCCGCAGGGGUGUGCGGGCCGCUCUGCGCGAUGUGGUGGUCCGCUGGAUGACAUAAUGGGAGCAGGCCACGGCGCCGAGUGCCAAGAAGGGGUACCGCGUGCAGAGCAGCGGCAGCCAGGGCAGCAGGGGCGGUUCCCGGGGCAAGACCCGCCGCGGCGGCGGUUUUACUGGCUGCAGGUGGCCUCGGGGGAAACGGUGAUUAUCGACGGGACGUUGCAGCGAGAGGAUGCUGUGCGGGCCGGCAGCACGAUAUAUGUGGACGGAAGUGUUACGUUCCAGCUGUACGACAAGGUGUACUGGUGUUUACGAUGGAGCACCAAGAAGGACGGUGAAGAGGAGGAGGAACAGCAGCAGCAGCAGUGA